UUUAGAAAACAGCCACACACGCACUCACGGCAGCUUCAUAUGACACGGCGCAGACCUGCGGAUUUCCAAACACACGUACUAUUGUGAUUUUUUUUUUCUUCCACCAAACUUUGUUUUGGUUUUUUUUAACAUCCAGAAGCGAUCUCACACCUUUUUUUUUAUUUUAUUUGCUGGACAUCCCUUUCGUUGCGGGAUUUGCGCGACUUUUAAACUUUGGAUGCUCCGACGGUUUCAGGAGCGCUUCUAAGUGCGCAAAAAAACAAACAAACAAACGUGCCUAGUGCCAUUCGACCGACCGAUGCCCCCCUCUCUGCCUGACUCGCCGUGAAUCAUGUCACGCCGGAAGCAGAAGCGACCCCAGCAUCUCGUUAACGCGGAUCCGGGGGGCCCGAAGCUGCUAUCUCACGAUGAGCACCUGGGCAUGAAGUCACCUUCAACAUCACUUGGCUCAGAAGUGACUUCGUCAGGGUCCUCCUCCUCAUCCCCCACCUCUCUCCAAGACUGCCAACCACCUCUGGCCCCUCGCCCAUCCCCUGGUGGGCUCCACGCGCCCUCCUUACCCAGCGAGAGCUCGCCUCCUCCUCACUGGCCCAGUCACAUUGCCCCCUUCACCACCUCCCUCCCCAACACGCACUCUUCCCUUUCCCCAGACUUUCCUCACCCCUCGCUGUCAUCCCAGACUCACUCACCACCUCCCCUGGGUCAAACCUCAGGUUCCCACAGUCUCUCCCACCAAGGAAACUCUCACUCCACCAUGACCUCCCCACCAAUGGGCAGCUCAGCCACCACCACUACCUCCUCCUCCUCUUCAUCAUCCUCAUCUUCUCAGUGUGCGCCACCUCAUCGUGACAGCUCCAGUCCAGGUCAGCAGCAUGCCUCCAACUCUCCGGGGCAGCAGGGACAGAUCCAUGUGUCGCCGACCCUGGCAGUGCUCUUGGAGGAGCUGAGGGUUUUACAGCAGAGGCAAAUUCACCAGAUGCAGAUAACUGAGGAGAUCUGUAGGCAUGUUCUAAGGCUUGGAGGAGCUGUCUUUGGCCAAGAUAAUAAUACACAGGCCAAUGGUGCAGACAACCAGAAGUCUACAGGUACAGCAUCUUCAUCACCAACGCACCCCUCCACUGCAACACCAGUCACCACGGCAUCAUCGCUUUUGACUGGCCUACCAUCUUCCCUGUUCCCCCAGCCAACUGCCUCAAAAACAGGUGCUUCACAUGUGAAUGGCAGCAGACCUCCAUCCUCCUCUACCUCUUCCUCAUUACCUUCCUCAUCUAUUUCAACCACUAUGAGCUCCUCUGUUGCCUCCCUACACCCUCUGUCCUUGUCACUGGGCCUACCGCCACGCUACCUCCACGAAAAAUCCUCCAACACCUCCUCAUUUGGUCAUAGCAAUGGUAUCAGUUUCCCAACUCCUCCACUUCCUACAACCAGCCAUUCCCAGGAUCUCCAGCCCAGUUCCUCUCUGGGAUCUGCCUCCUCAGCAGGACGCCCUCAACAUGUGUGCCGUUUUUGUGGAAAGGUGUUAAGCAGUGAUUCAUCACUCCAGAUCCAUCUGAGGUCGCAUACAGGUGAAAGGCCCUACCAGUGUCCAGUCUGCUUGAGCCGUUUUACAACCAGAGGGAACCUCAAAGCCCAUUUCCUGCGACACAGAGAGCAGAACCCAGAGCUGUCCCUCUCCCUGCUGCCCCCAGCAUUGUCGGAGCAAACACAGAGUAGCUCACCAACUGGUGCCAUCCAGAGAAGGAGAAAACGGCGUGCUGAUGAUGACGAGUCCUUUAAUGGAGUAAAAGGAAGCAUUCCCGGGAUGACAGAGAACAUGGCUUUAGGAUUUCUGUCUGGCACGUCCUCUCGUCCCUCGCCUUCCUCUCUACCUCUGCCCCCCUCAGUGGACAUGGCAUUGCUGUCCACAGCCCAUUCACUGCUACAGCUGAACAGAGCCUCAGCUGCAGCUGCUGCCAGUGCAUCUAGCACUGUACUGCCAUCCUCUUCACCCUCAUCCUCCUCUAUGGGCAGCCAGUUCAAAGGAGCAAAGCAGCAAAGAUUUGAUGAAAACACACCCCCUCACUCUGCCCUCCAUACAACCUCCCCAUACUCUCAACUAGCACACCUACCUAAGAUUCUCUUCCCCGGGGGUGCCUCCCCUCACCACCUUGCACUUCUCCGGCCCCCGGGCCACCCCUCCACAUCCCACCUCACAUCACCUCAUCAGCUACCCUUCCCUUUCCCACCUUUCCCUAAACCAUCAACUUCCUCAACCUCUUCAUCCUCUCCCACCACUUCCACCCAGACCUCAGACACCUCCAAGUUGCAGCGCCUGGUACAGAAACUUGAAAAGCAGCCACAUGGGGGUGCCUCCACCUCCUCACAUACUCCUGAUGGGGACACACAAGGCCAAGACCUGUCCACCACCUCCAGUGCCUAUCGCAGGGAAAUGUUGGCUGCUCUUGGCCUGAGCCCAAGUGCCAAUGCUGUUGGACUGGUGACCAGCCAGGGAGUCUCAGGUUCUGGCACUACAACUACCCCUUCUCUGCCCACUGCCCAGGCUGCUAAUCAGUGUGGUGUGUGUCUUCGUGUCCUUAGCUGCCCCAGAGCUUUGCGUUUGCACCAGGCCACACAUCUGGGAGAGCGGCCGUUCCCUUGCAAGCUGUGUGGUCGUUCCUUCUCCACAAAGGGCAGCCUGAGGGCCCACCUCGCCACUCACCGUGCAAGACCGGCUAACUCACGAGCUUUGAACUCCUGCCCACUGUGCCCACGCAAGUUCACAAAUGCCUUGGUUCUUCAGCAUCAUAUCCGAUUGCACCUUGGAGGGCAAAUACCACCAGAUGAAGAUAUACCUCCUGAGGAUGCCACUGAAACACAGAAUGCUGUCUUUGAUGAUGGUGAGAAUGACUCCAUAGGCUCACCAUCUAAUGCCCAACAACUUCUCCCUCUGGCCUUAACAACAAACUCCAAGUCUCCGAUGGAUGCUCUCAACUCAGGGUCCACUUCUAAGCAAUCCACAGCUGCUGAUGCCACAUCUGCGAAGACAGAUGAAUCCGAACGCUCAACACCCAGUGUUAGCCCACCUCUGACCUGUAAUACCCCCCCAGAGGGAGCUGAGGACCCCCUGCAUCUGGGAGACAACACCCAAGCUGAUGUUAGCCCAAUGAACUCUGAGGAGGAGACCCAUGCUGACCUGGGCAGCACCAGCCCUUCCAAAGCACCCUUAGCUAGUUCUCAUUCAGCUGUCGCGAAUGGAGACAUAGAGUCAGAUGACACCCCUCUUUCUCUCUGUGUUUCGAAGCCUGAAGUAGAAAAUGAUGUCCCGCAUAGAGGAAUAAAUAAGGAUGAACCCACAACAGGUCCUGAUUCGAAUCCUGAACCCCCAACUGCAAGUCCCUUACCUUCCCUCACCCCAACUGCCAGCCCCAAAGCUACCCCUGAAGUAGAGGAAGCAUGUGGUAGUGCACCACAGGAGGCUGCAGAGAGAGAUGCUGCACAAAGCAAAAGCAAGAGCGAGACUGUCACACCACAAGUGAUGGAUCCAGAGCCGGAGAAAGACACCCCAAGAGUGGGUAGUAAUGCAGGACCAGAAAAUCCUUCAGAAGACCCAGAGCCCCCUGUCCCAGCACCUGCACUACACGCACAGCCUCCUCGCCCUGACAAACCCUAUAGCUGCUCCCAGUGUGGAAAGGCAUAUGCGAGCCGUAGCGGACUUAAGGGCCAUAUGAAAACUCAUCCUGGAGCGCUGACCAACACCCCCUCCAAGGCUCAAACCAAUGACAAUGACAUUGUGGAGGAUCGCAGUGCACAUUCAGCAAAUAAAAACACAGGACAACAAGAGGAAAAGCAAGGUUUGGCUAAAUCCCCUGAGAAAGGUGACAGCACAGAUCCUCCACAAAAAAGUGUUGUUUCUAGUGUGGCAGAUGAGCCUAUGGACGCUACUGUGUAGACGAGUUAGCAUUGUCAAACUGGCUGCCGUCAGUCUUUAAAGGGUCCUGACAAGGGAAUGUAUUUUUUUAAUAGAAUUACAUUUGUUUUCUAGAAUUACUUCUAAUUCAUGUUUACCUUUUGCAGUAGGCAUAUCUAGUUUAUAUUGUAGUUACAUUGUAGUAACAUUACGAGAGAUUUCUGAAUGUAGUAUUUUAGAUAUGUAUUUUUGUAUUUCAAAGACCACGGUGAGGCCUUAUCGUACACACUUCAUAGCAUUGUCACAAUGAGAAUUAAUUGUUGGCGCUUUUUGGCUGAUAGCUGUUUCAGCACAUACUGUAUAAGCUGAUUUGAAAAAGAGGACAGUCCAGAAUUCUUACAAGAUGAACUCCAUACCAAAACAGGCCAAAAUUAGUAAUGGCCAAUGUUUGUAAAUAUGAGCUGCGGUUAAAUUUUUAUGCCUUUUUAUUGUUACUUUCUUCUUUCCUUUCUUUAAUGCCAUGCUGCUGAAAGCAUGUUUCUGAUGUGCUGAGUUGCACUGUGAGUUGCACUGUGUCCUGUGCUUCCGACCGAAACAUCGACUUUAAUAAACACGUGUUAGCGAUUAUGAUGAUGACGAUGAUUGUGUUUGAUUAUCAGUACUUUUGCAAACAGUCCUUGUACUUAUAGCUGUAAACUUUGCUCGCAGCAAAUGAUUCCUAAUGAUGAUUGUAAACGGUUAUUCUUGUUGUUAUCUCCGAGGUCAAAUCGACAACAAAGAUGAACCCUGUCUGUUGUAACUCCCCCUCCUUUGUCUUUCCUUUCCCCGAUCUCUUCCCCCUGCUCUCCUCUCUCUCUCAAAGCACUUGAGAGUUUUCUGCUACUGCAGAAAUGAUGUACACUCACUGCAUUCCUGCUUAGCCCAGUUUAGUAUUUGUGUGCUUUCCUUCACCCUUUGUAACCCCUUUUUCGUAGCAAUGAAAAAAUAUGUUCCCAUGCCUCCCAUGUGAUGUAUAAACGAUAAAUAAAACAAUGGGGAUGUGAAGAGGAGACCUGUUUGUUGGUUGUCUAUGGUUUCUUCAGGCUUUGGGUGAGGUUUUUUUGUGUCUGUGUGUGUGUCUGGGUUCAGUUUAAGCCGUCCCUGUGAAUUAAUUUAUCUGUUUAAGUAUUCUGUUUGCAUGACUCUUAUUCUGUGUGCGCCUGCAUGUGUGCUGGUCAGUUUUGGCUUGUUUGUUCCAGCUCUCGGUGUGUCUGGAUCCUUUGUCUGGGGCGCUGGGCU